AUGCCUUUGAAACUGUCACCUUGGGAUUCUGGGCUGGAUCUGCGGAUCUUUGAUAUUCUACCGGACAGAAUAUCAGCCAAUGUGGAAGAGUUUCGGGUUGAAGCCUGGAUGCAUCUGGAUCGGCGCAUCCAGCUUCAUGAUAUCACGGAUCGUAUGCAUCCUGAAUUUCGCAUAGCAAAAAAUGCACUCCAGCAGUGUGGAGUCAGGUUUCGCCAGGCAUUCAGUAUACUCUCCUGGGGAUCAGGUAAUAAACAAACUCAGGUUGUUGCGGAGCAGCUUGAGAAGGAAAUGGAAGCUAGAGGCAUCGACCUAGCUUUGAAUUCCACUUGCAGUUUGAUGCCAGGUUUGAUCAACUUGGCUUUGGGUGAGGCAGGCGGGAGAAUCACUGUUCCUGAGGCAUACAGACAACAGAACCUCUGCGAACUUCUUCAAAGUUCAGAUCUUCGAGGAAAAUGGCACUGCGAGACGAUGGAAUCUUCGAGGAAAAUGGCGCUGCGAGACGAUGGAAUCUUCAAGGAAAAUGGCGCUGCGAGACGAUGGGAUCUUCGAGGAAAAUGGCGCUGCGAGACAAUGGGAUUCGAAAAUGACAUUCUUGCUGCUGCUGCAGCUAUCCCGCGUGGACAACUCCGCUCUGGCGGAGUUCGUCGCCCCCUCCCUCCCCCCCGUGCCCGUGCCCGUGCCCGCGCCCGCCCUCGCCCCUCCGCCCUCGCCCUCGCCCUCGCCCUCGCCCGUGAGGGUGGGGGGGAGGAAGUGCCUGAGACUCCCCCCCCUCCUUUGGAGGAUGAAGAGGACGAGCUGGACUUGUCCAACAGCCCUUGCCCUCAGCCCCCGCCCUCUUCCUCCGGCUCCUUCUCUCCUCUGUUCUUUGCAGAGGAAGGGGUUCCAUUGGAACCAAUCAACUGGCAAGCCAGCCAAGACGGGGUUGGAAUUUGGUUGAUGAGCAAAAGCUCAUCAACCUACCAGCCCCAGGAAUCAGGGAAAUGGUGGUCGGUCUCCCAUGAGGAGUUCCAGUGCUUCUCUCCUCAGAAGCAGAGGGUAUGGGGCCAUAUUGGCCGGAUAAUGGAGACGGAGCUGGGUGAGCAGCUGCUGGGGGAGGACAGGUGUGCUGCCUGUCAAGAGAACGGUGAGGAAUGUUGGGCGUACUCCGAGAAGGGGAGAGCCCAGAUAGCCAAGCCCGGGGAUUCUUGUUCUCGCUGCCGGGUUGCUGCACGCAAAGGCGGAUGUAGCAUCUCCAAACGCAAGCCCAAGGACCCCCGCACAUCCCCACCGUCGCGGCCACAUCAGUUGCUGCCGAAGGGGCCACCUCCUCCUCCGCCGGGAAGCAGUGCUCUGACUGUUUAG